UAACCCGUCAGCUGUUCUCGUCCGGAAAUACUCUGCUCUCACAGAACAUCACCGAGACCGCGCAAAAUCACCCAACGCCUACUCAUCCCAAUCCGACACUUCUUCAUCAUUCAUGGCCCAACAACAGCAAGCACGUCCCUCCUCCUCCACUGCCAACAGCGACGCAUGGAAAUCCGGCCUGCGGCCACCACCUAAAGAUGACCGCCCGCAGACUGAAGAUGUCACAGCGACAAGGGGCCUUGAGUUCGAUGAGAUGUUCCUCCGCCGCGAGCUCCUCAUGGGUAUUUAUGAAGCUGGGUUCGAGAAACCCUCGCCCAUACAGGAGGAAGCUAUUCCCAUUGCCCUCACCAAACGCGACGUCCUUGCCCGCGCAAAGAACGGUACAGGCAAGACCGCAGCAUUCGUCAUCCCUUCUCUCCAACAAGUAGACAUUACCAAGAAUAAGAUUCAGGCCCUCCUCCUCGUGCCCACUCGUGAGCUCGCGCUGCAGACGUCCCAAGUAUGCAAAAUCCUCGGAAAGCAUAUGGGCGUUCAGGUCAUGGUCACGACCGGUGGCACCACUCUCAAAGACGACAUCAUUCGUCUAUCGGAGACUGUACAUGUUCUUGUCGGCACGCCUGGCCGUAUACUGGAUCUCGCGGGCAAAAACGUCGCGGACCUCAGCGAAUGCCCUGUCUUCGUCAUGGAUGAGGCUGAUAAGCUGCUGUCGCCCGAGUUUGCCCCCGUCAUGGAGCAACUACUCUCAUAUUUGCCAAAGGACCGUCAGGUCAUGCUGUUCAGUGCCACGUUUCCCCUAAUUGUGAAGGACUUCAAGGACAAGCACAUGAAAUCACCCUAUGAGAUCAACCUAAUGGACGAACUCACCCUGCGUGGUGUCACCCAAUAUUACGCCUAUGUCGAAGAACGACAGAAGGUGCACUGUCUCAAUACACUGUUCUCUAAGCUGCAAAUCAACCAGUCGAUCAUCUUCUGUAAUUCCACGAAUCGUGUCGAGCUGCUCGCGAAGAAAGUGACCGAACUUGGCUACUCAUGUUUUUACUCACACGCCAAGAUGCUACAGUCGCAUCGUAACCGCGUCUUCCACGACUUCCGUAACGGCGUUUGCCGCAACCUUGUAUGCUCGGACCUCCUCACGCGUGGUAUCGAUAUCCAGGCCGUCAACGUCGUCAUCAACUUCGACUUUCCCAAGAACUCCGAGACCUACCUCCACCGUAUCGGCCGUUCAGGGCGUUUCGGUCACUUGGGUCUUGCGAUCAAUCUCGUGACAUACGAGGAUCGUUUCAACUUGUACAAGAUUGAGCAGGAACUCGGCACGGAGAUCCAGCCAAUCCCGCAGUACAUUGACAAGGGUUUGUACGUCGCGCCUGGUGCGACUGAGGAGGCUCCGGAACAGCCGCAGCCGCAGCAGAAGCCACGAGCCAACCAGGCGCAGCCUCAACAGCCGCGUCAAUCCGCUCCUCAGUCUCAGCCAGUACCAGGGCAAGUGGUGUACUCUAGCGCUCCUCAACAAGCACGGGUCAAUGGCAAUGGGACCGCCGUUCCUCAGGCCCAGCAACCGCCACGAGCGGCGUACAACGGCCAGGCAGCGUAUCGUGGUGGUGUCCCUGUCGCGCGAUGAGCAUCGCUAGUGCCACCCGGCUGGCCUCUUGUCACGCUUCAGUCCGGAGACUCUGUACUGUGCCAAGACGUGAGGGGUUUUGCGUAGGACCGAGGAGGGGAGGGGUGCGGAGGCGGAGGAGUGUGUCGGUGAAGACCAACCUGGCGAACCCGAAUUCUAUCCACGGCGAACAUGCGGCUUACGGCAUCUGAAGGAGCUUCUGUAUCAUAAAUGGCUUUCAUGUCUGGAACCCUCGCAUUCUGGCACACAUCAUACCAGCCGGCCAGUCGCAGCUAUUCUCGCCGGCUCUGUCUGACUAGUCUAUCUAUCGUAUAAGGUCACGCCGUUUACUUUCGUCGCUAUUCUCCCUAUUGUCAGCUCCUUCGCGUCGCCGUAGCCUAGUGCCUUGUCGUGAAUAGAAUGAGGUGUUCGUGGUUGGUCU